ACUCAAAAGUGAAAAUGGCAUGAGAAUGGACGAAGCAUACAAGCAGCGGUUAAAAACUGAUUUCCCCGCUAUCGGAGGGGGUAAAUCAGACCAAUUUAGAAAUGAUUUGAUGAAUGCAACAGAAGAUGAGGUUGAUUUUGAUUUGAUGAAUGACGAAACUUUUGGUGGAGAAAUUGAUGAUGUUGGAUUUGACUGGGAAGGGCAAACAGAGAAGUUUGCUGGUGAAUUUGAGGGAGCGAUUCCCAACCUCUCUAACAAAACCAGGGACUCUGGAUAUGAUACCGUGGAUAAAAGCUAUCAAUCCCGGGCGGAAUACCUGGAGCAUAACCUUAGUCAACUUGUUGUGGACGACGAAGAUGACAUCGACGACCCAGCGAUCCUCAAUGCCAGCAAGAGUCAGCGCAUACCACACAAGAAACAACAGAACCUGGAUGAGAUCUUUGGUCCUGCCUCCCCACCUGGAUACCUAGAUACAGAGCAUUUGGUGUCACCCUCCAGUAAAAACAUAUGGGGCUCUCCAGUGAAGGAUACCAACAUGCCAUCAGCCAUCCAUAACCUGCAAUCUCUCUUUGACUUUGCCACAAAGGCUGCAACCCAUGGCACUCCUAGACAGGAUUCACCUGUAAUGUCAACUCCUGACCGACAGCCAAUGCCUGUGGCUGCCCAGAUGUCAGGUGGUCGUGGUGCUACUCUGGAGGAGAUAGAACAGCAGAUGAUGUCACAGCCACGCUCGAUAAAGAAGCCAGUGACAGCAGAGGAGCUUGAGCGGGAGAUGCGUGGUGAGCCUUUGGACCAGCAGGUGCCCCAGAUGCCCCUUCAUCACCCACGAAGCCCUUAUUCUGUACCACCAAACAUGCCACCCCCUAUUCCAGGCUCUCCAGCCUAUGUGGGUUCUCCAGCAGGCCACGGACCUCCUAAGUUCCAUCACACGCCUCAGGCACAGAGAGUGCCACCAGGUUUCAGCCCCAUACAGGCACAACACUUGUUGGAAGGGAGGAGGUCUCCUCUGAUUGGUGCCACACCCCCUUUGAUAGGGUCACCUGGAGUCAUGGGUCAACACCGAGGGUCACCGCAGAUAGCAGGAAUGUCAGGUAUCUCUCCCAUUACAAGGUUGACCCCUUCACCUCCCCUGGGGGCAGGGCUACCCAACCUCUUUCACUCACCAAUACAGGCACGAAUGAUGUCCCCAUAUGCAAGAAGUGCCAUUGUGGGCCCUAUGGGAAACAGGUUGCCUACACAACCAAUUGGUAUCCCACAGCAACAGCUGCAGCAACGCCCGCCAACCAAUCAGAGUCCAUACAACAACAGUCCGGGUGGUCAGCUCCCACCAGGAUCAUCACCAGGAGGGCUGUAUCACAGUCCAGGGCUCAACCAUAGUCCUGCAGGCCCAAGGGGUCCUUAUUCUGGACCACCUCCUGGGGACAGAGGGCAACAUCCCCAGGGUGAACGAUACACCCCACAAGGUGAGCGGGGAUACCAUCACCAAGGCGAUAGAUUCACUCCUGGAGAGAGGGGAUACCCACCCAAAGGUGAUAGAUACACCCCUCAAGGUGAUAGAUACACCCCUCAAGGUGAUAGAUAUACCCCUCAAGGUGAUAGAUAUACCCCUCAAGGUGAUAGAUACACCCCUCAAGGGGAGAGGUACCAUAGAGGACGGGGCAUCCAACGGGGAUACCAGAACAACAGCAACAGGUAUUACAAUCAAAGUUAUCGAGAUAAUAGACACGACCAUGACUACGACAACCGAGACAGAAAUAAUUAUGAACAACGUAACAACUACGACCAUUACAACAACCAUCGCCGCUACUACUCGUACCAGAACGACCAGGAGAAUAGGCCGUCCGACGAGUAUGCUGGCCUCAUGACGAAGAAGGAGAAAGACUGGAUCAUUAAGAUUCAGCUAAUGCAGCUACAGACAGACAACCCCUAUCUAGAUGAUUUCUACUACACAACGUAUAUGUUGAAGAAAAAGAUGUUAGAACGCCAAAAGAUGCAGCAGAACGGCCUUAACAACAAGGAUGAUGAUCCAAAACUGAUCAUCCCCUCUCUAGGCAAGCUGGAGACUCGGGCCUACAAACCAGCUCAGUUUGAAGGUUCUCUAGGUCGUCUAACGACUUCCAGUGUCCACAAUCCCCGGCAGAUCAUCGAUGUGAGGUCACAUGGUCUGGCCGUUGAUGACUCUGAUGGCAAGAAUACCAGUAAGGAGUUACGAAGGUCUCGACAGCUGCUCAUGGAAAUAGAAAAGGGUUACGACUUACUGCUGGAGGUGGAUGAUAUAGAGAAGAGAGUAUUAGCACUACCAGAGGAGUCCAGGAUACCUCUGGCCACUGAAAGGAUAGAACUCCUGCACAGCCUACAUAGCUAUCUUACUCACGAAAACAGUUCCGAGCAUUUCUUGUCUGUGAUGUCAUUGAGGAAGGGGAGGAAAUUGGUCGCCCGAGUUCUUCCUUUGUUAGACAAGGACUUGUCAGAAGGUUUGGUCUUGUUUCUCCUGAGAAAUCUCCAAGCACUCAUCAAGAGGGAUCAGAAGGAGGAGGGCCUGAUGGUUCUACAUGACACGGUCACACAAGUACUCGACAUCUGUGAUCUGGACUCUUUGGUCAAGUUCUCCAAGGAGCUACAAAUGGAGUCCAGCAACAACCAGUCCAAAUCUGUGGCUGUAGCGAUUCAAAACAAAUUUGGCAGUUCUGUGAUCAGCAGUCUCCUACACCGAGGCGAAACCCUCUACGUCAAAUCGUCUCCUCUAGACCUGGAUAACCAGCUACAGAGUAUAUGGUGCCAGUUUGUCCACGACUUUGCUGGUAUAUUGGCUGUGGUGCCGGCAGAAUCUCUGGUACAUCCCAGGUACCACCACACGAGCAUUAACGAUCAUUUUGACCGACUACUUAACAAGAAACUUGUCGCUGUUGUGGAAGACAAAGUGAAACUAUUUACACAACCUCCAAAGUAGCGUGGAUGUCAACAGCGAUGGUCACAAUAUUGAAAUGUUAACGAUAUUUUGUCUCCAUUCUUCAUGGAUUUGCCUUUUGUAAUUGACAAGUCUCUUGUGUAGAGAAAUGUAUACUGAACUUAAUAGCAAGAGGUAUGCAGUACACAUUACUAUUGAUAUGUGACAUGUGUGUGGUUCAGUACAACGUUUGCAGUAUGUGGAGGUAUAUAUUAAAAUGUAGUGCGAAUUGUGGACAGCUUUGGCAGGACAAAAUGGUAUUAACAUGUGAUACUUUGUAGACGUUGGGAUUCUGUGGUGAGAGGGAGGAACGUUAGGGUACAAUGUACAAGCUGACCUGUGAAUAUUUGUUACGGUGAAGCCUGUUAAACUCAAAAUGUGUGGAUAAAAGUCGAAUGAAUCAAAAUUGAAAUGUCUGUUCAAUCUGUAGGACUUGUAUGUGAAAAAUACAUUUUUGUGAUAAAUAUCUGUUUAAAGAAACAUUAUUCAAUUUGAAUACAUUUAUCAAGAAUAAUAUGGAAAAAUCGCAAAAAUGCAGGUGUGGAUGUGAAGUAUUUGCACGGAAAAUAUUAACCCUUUCAACACUGUAAACCAUAAUGGGCUCAUCUAUAUCAAUGCAUGGUACAGUCUACUAAAGCUACAGAGUGACGUAAGGGUUAAAGACUAGGUGGCGGGGAACUCAUCAUCUGUUUCUGUUAGACGUAUUCUAGUCAUUAGUGUUCAAGUAUCUCCAUCAAACAACUAUAACGACUGAAGCUGGCCGCACAUAGAUUCAUCUAAGUUUAUAUAAGGGAAUUACUACACAGGGUUUUAUACUCAUCCACGUUGGAGUUAACUGUGUUUUACUGUAAAUGUAUUAGGAAACCUGUCUAAUCUGACCCCUGAAUAUUCUGUCAUCCAAGAUAAUGCUGAAAUCUCAUUUCUAAUGAAUCUUACCAAUCAAGACCUUUGCAUUCUGACACCCUGAUUAAUUUGCCCAGUAUAUUAUCACCCAUGUGGUGUCGGAUUAGACAGGUUUUACUGGGUACAUAUUUGUCAAGUUAGGUUUUAUAUUCUUGUGCUGCAUUUCUCGAGUAAUCUAAUUUUUUCAGGGAAGAACUCUGUUGCUGUUUCUGCAACUAUUUUUUGACUUUCAAGUUUGAGGCAUUUCUUAUAUUCAGUUUUGUAUCAAAUCUGAAAGAUUUUUCAGGUUUAAAUGACACGAGUAAAUAUGUAACUUUUUAGUCUCAAUAUUUGUUCUGUUCCGAUGAAGGCAGACUGUUAUUCAUUUGAUGAUUUUGACUAAUUUUGUUAAAUCAUUUAAAUAUGUGUUUCUAUUUGAAAUAUUUAACAGGCUGAAUUUACAUUUUGUACAUGUAAUAUUUGACUGAUGUAAAUUUCAUUUAAAACUAGGACAGUAGUAUUUUCACAGAGUCAUUGAUAUUACAAUAGUAUAUCUACUUGCAUUUAAUGAUAUAUGCCAAUUUUUUGUCAGAAAGAUCAUAUUUACAAUACCAUCUACAUGUAAUGUUUAAAUCACCUUUGAUACAGCACUGAAAAAUUGGAGAUAAUGUCAUUUGGACUUCAGUCUGAAUUUUUUCCGGACUGGGGGACCUUGUGUAUCGAUUUAUAGAUGCAUUUAUAUUGUAUUGUCAUCAAUACAUACAACAUGUAGGAUAUCAGAGGAAGAAUUUGAUUGGGUGGAAUAUCAGUAUAAUUAUAUAGGUUGAUAAGAUAUGUAAUCAUCACCUUGUGCACCUUAGUAUUAAUUUAAAACUUGUUCCCAAAGCCAUGCAAUAUUUGUGUCAACCGUGUGAGGCCUAGCCAUUGAUACCAUAUUAAUUGUAUUAUAACGAUAUAAAAAUGUUUUUGAUUCAUCCACAUUUUCUAUAGUUACCUACCUUUGAUAAUACUUUCUCAUCUCUCUAAUUGAGCUGCAUUUAGGGAUGUAUGCUACCUUCUUGAUUUGUAUCUCCAAUCUUAAAGCGUUCUACAGAAAGUGGACUUGGUGUUUAAAAGGUUCAUAACUUAAAGAAUUGCAUUGAUAACACUCAAGUAAUGUUUAAAUUUAAUAUAGAAUCAUGGUAUUUUUAUAAGGAGGAGAUAACUCUGAACACAAGUGACUAAUAUGUGUAAGGUAGCAUAUACACUUAAAUUUAUGUAAAUGUUUGAUUGUUGAAUUUAUAGUCCAAAUUAGGUUAGUGUUGCUCUUUAAAUAAUGUUUUUGUUUUUUUAACAUUUUAAAGUAAAAAGUAUACCUAUCUGGGUUUUUUUGCGUUAUACCUGUAAAAUUGAUUAGUUUUCUUUUGCCAUUUUACUCAAGAAAUAACAAGAAGUCAUUGAACGUAUUAUUGUUAUUUUAUACCUCUCUGUCAGAGUUUGAAUCAAACUUUAUAUAUACCCAUAAUACAGACAGAAGCCACCUAAAGAUGUUGUCAUGUAAGCUUUGAUUCAGACUUGAUGCAGAGAUCAAAUGUUUUGGUCUUACUGUAGUAUUAGCUGCCUGGAUAUACAUUUUUCUUAUUCAUGUAAGACUGAGGUUUUGUGAAGGAUGAUGUAAACUCCUAUUUAUCAAGUAUCAGGUGACUCAUGGUUUUGUUAAUAUGUUCAUGUGAUUCACCUGCAACAUUUGGAAUGUGCUGUCAUUUUUGAACUCAUACAUUUUUCUUCACCCAUUUUGAGUGGUCAGAUAGUUACCGUGUUUCCUCAAGAUUUUCAACGACUGUAAAUUCAGCUCUGAAAGAUUACUUUUAUACUCUAAAUCAUCGAAGUUUUGCCCCAAUUUUCAUUUUGCCAUUUUGCUGUUGAACAACAGGUAGAAUUUAACAUAAGGUCGGUCAACCUUUUCUUUUUCUUUUUUUAAAGUAAACCCUUGAUAUAAUGUAUAUGCCCUUCCUUUAUAUGCAGUAAAACCUGGAUAUAAUGCCCUCUUUUAUAUACAGUAAAACCUUGUCAUAAUGCCUCUGGUUUAUAGACUGUAAAACCUUGAUAUAAUGCCCUCUUUUAUAUACAGUAAAACCUUGUUAUUAUGUCUCUGGUUUAUAGACAGUAAAACCUUGCCGUUAUAAUGCUCCUUAUUUAUUUACAGUAAAACCUUGAUAUAAUGCCUCUCCUUAAAUUUAUAUUCAUUCAAAAGUUGAUAAAAUACCUCUGGUUCAAUUAACCACCUUGCUUACUGCCAGUCUAAUUUAAGGGCCACUUUUCCUUUUUCUUAAAAAAUCCUUUAUGCAUAUCCUAUGGUAUAUAUAUCUAAACCCCUUUAUUUGGCUAUAUAGUUGCAGUAUAACCAGGUUUUACUAAAUUGAACAGAAGCGGGAUAGUGAAUGCAACAUGGAGCAAACAAUGGCAAAAUUGAAGGUUAGUGGGGCAAAAACAGUACAGAUACAAGUAUGUAGUGUUAAUGUUCUGAAUGUGACUAUCAUGAAACACUGUGAAAUUCCUAAUUUCCAUGGGUUUUUUAAUUUCGUUGAUUUCAUGGGUUAUCUUCAUUACACAAUUUAUAAGUCCACUAAGUAAUUUAAAGUUUGUUAAAGCAAUUCUCCGUUUGAGUGGGUACUCGUAAUCCAUGAAUUCAUGUAUCCACAAAAUGGUGUUUUGUUGUGAAAAACCACGAAAUUUAGGCCCCCACAAAAAUAUCUGAUUUCACAGUAGUCGGUGUGGUAGACUUGACCCCAAUAGCUGCAUGUAAAAUUUCAUGUAAGGUAAAAAAAUCUUGACUAGACAAUUAUUUGAAAGAUGAAUAUUUUUUCUUUCAUUUACUGAAGAGUUCUGUAUUAUUUUGAUUAUGGGCUGUGUGAUUAGGAAUCCUUUUGUGGAGAGGGCGUGAAUGAUAACAGAAAAUAAGUUAUACUGGGGAAUAGUGUGAUAGGUACGUACUACUCACUACCUAUCACGGUGGUUUAGUACACGAGGAAAGGAAUAUGAAUAUUCAAUAGCUAUUAUCACCUAAUCAAUUAUGCAACAGAUCACGAAUAUUCAACAGUGGUUUCCACUAGUACUAUAUGUAGUGAUCUAUGAUGCAUUUUUUUUUCAUAUUCAACAUUUAUUAAUACAGUUCUUGUUGUUGUAGCUAUCUAGGAUGCAACAUCUUACGAAUAUUCAACACUUUUGACAUGGUAAGGGAGUGCUGACGAUUCAUAACAGGACUAAUUAGUUCCUACAUUUCGAGGGCAUGGAUAUUCAAUGCUUGACAUCUCCUAGCAUGGCAUAUUCAUAAGAAAGCAUGAUAUUGAAGAGAACUGGUGUAAUCAUUAAAUAAUAGGAUAGUGUAUAAUACUAUUCACCCGUAACAAAGUCCAAGUGGGUUGAUUUAUCACAUAGAAUAUUCGUCUUUUUACGUAAUACCUCCAAAAUUAGUGAGGAGGGGAAUGGGGCGAUGAGGUCUUGUCAAAAAACCGAAUGCAGGACAUGUUAUUUCAUUAAAAUGUCAAAGGUCAAGUUUACUGAUCAUUGAUGUAGCUGGUCAAAGGUCAAAUAUAUAAAUAACACUGAAGAACAAGACCGGUUUAUAAGUACUAGUGCUGUUUAUAGAUGUAUAAAAGGUUGUAGAGAGAGAGUCUGUGGGGCGACAUUGGUUAAGCCCAGGGCGAUAUAUGAUUAUGCCUUUACAACACAGAUUGGACCCAGUGUAUUACGGAUAUGACGAUUGAGGAUAAUCACAUUGUGACAUUACAUUGAUUAGUGCUUUGUUUUCCUUCAUAUGUGCUAUAAGUAAAUUAUCUUUGUAUCAAA